AUGAAGCAAUGGCAGACAAUGGAGGAGGCGAUUCCCGUACAUCCACCACGCCAACCAAGGCAGAUUGGAGCUGGAGAUACACCAACAAUACAUGCCAACCACCACGAAAUCACCCCACCACCUGUUCCAAACAACAAUUUUGACAUCAAGACAAGCUUGAUUAACUUGGUGGAAAACUCAAUCUUUCAUGGAAUGAAAGAUGAAGACCCUUUGAAGCAUUUGGAGAAGUUUGAUAGAAUUUGUCCUUUGCAAAAGAUCAACAAUGUCACAGAAGAUGGUCUUAAGCUGAGAUUGUUCCCAUUCUCUUUGGGAGGCAAAGCACUAGCUUGGGAGUCAUCAAUUCCAGUUGGAACAGUGACAACUUGGGAACAAUGCAAGCAUGCUUUUCUUGCUAAAUUCUUCCCUACUUCACGAACAGCUCAGCUGAGAAACGAGAUUGCGAGUUUCACUCAACUGAUUGGAGAAACUUUUGCUGAGGCUUAUGAACGUUUUAAGGGUUAUCAGUUGAAGCGUCCACACCAUGGAUUCUCCAAAGAGAAUCUCCUGAGAACACUAUACAGAGGAGCCACACCUCAGUACACGAUGCACCUUGACUCAGAUAAUAAUGGUCACUUCACCGGAAAAGAUGUUGAUGAAUAA